AUGCGCAGAAUCUGGAACCAGAAAAAGACAGACGUCGAGGCUCAGCGGCUCAAGCCCAAGGGCUCUCCUUCGCGAAUUCGGCUGCAAAAGGACAUGAGCGAGCUGGAGCCAGCCUCCGACACAGACAUUACGUUCCCAGACGCCUCCGAUCCCACACGGUUCAAUGUAGUCUACCGGCCGGCGCAGGGCUACUAUGAGGGCGGUGAGUUCCGGUUCACGUUUGAAAUCACAGAUAGCUUUCCACACGACGCCCCCAAGGUGCUCUGCUCGCAGACCAUCUACCACCCAAACAUUGACGUCGAGGGCCAUGUUUGUCUUAAUGUGCUGCGCGAGGAUUGGAAUCCUGUGCUUAACAUUCAGUCGGUUAUUUUUGGACUCAAGAUGCUGUUUUUGGAACCCAAUCCUGAGGACCCGUUGAAUAAGGAGGCGGCGCUUUUGAUGAUCGAGAACAAAACCCGGUUUGCCCACGUCGUUAGGGAGAGCAUGCGGGGCGAGAGGAUAGGCGGUGUGAGCUACCAGAACGUCAUGGAUCCGAAGUGGAAGGUCAACAAGCAUUUGGGGGCAUGA